GUGAACCAUAGAAGUUCUAAUACUCAAACUUCUGUACACAAUACUCAUUACUUUAUAAACAAAGCUAGUUGGACAGUAACAACAACAUCUGAAGAUUUUUUGACUUGUUAUUAUAUAAUAAUAAUUGAACUGUGUAUGCUACUCAUAAUAUUUUACUGAGUGCUCGUGAUUCAAAGUAGAAUAAUCAAAGGUUUAAUGUGAGGAAAAGUGGAUUUUGGUUAAGGUAUUGUAAUGGAACAUAGAAGUGAACCAUUGAGUUUUAAUACUCAAACUUGAGUACACAAUACUCAUUAGUUUAUAAACAAAGCUAGUUGGACAUUAACAACAACAUCUGAAGAUUUUUUGACUUGUUAUUAUGUAAUAAUAGUUGAACUGUGUAUGCUACUCAUAAUAUUUUACUGAGUGCUCAUGAUUCAAAGUAGAAUAAUCAAAGGUUUAAUGUGAGAAAAAGUGCAUUUUGGUUAAGGUAUUGUAAUGGAACAUAGAAGUGAACCAUAGAAGUUCUAAUACCCAAACUUCUGUAGACAGUACUCAUUAGUUUAUAAACAAAGCUAGUUGGACAUUAACAACAACAUCUGAAGAUUUUUUGACUUGUUAUUAUGUAAUAAUAAUUGACCUGUGUAUGGUACUCAUUACUUUAUAAACAAAGCUAGUUGGACACUAACAACAACAUCUGAAGAUUUUUUAACUUGUUAUUAUGUAAUAAUAAUUGAACUGUAUAUGCUACUCAUAAUAGUUUACUGGGUGCUCAUGUUUCAAAGUAGAAUAAUCAAAGGUUUAAUGUGAGGAAAAGUGGAUUUUGGUUAAGGUAUUGUAAUGGAACAUAGAAGUAAACCAUUGUAGUUAUAAUACUCAAAGUUGAGUACACAGUACUCAUUAGUUUAUAAACAAAGCUAGUUGGACAUUAACAACAACAUCUGAAGAUUUUUUGACUUGUUAUUUUGUCAUAAUAAUUGAACUGUGUAUGCUACUCAUAAUAUUUUACUAACCGCUCAUGAUUCAAAGUAGAAUAAUCAAAGGUUUAAUGUGAGGAAAAGUGCAUUUUGGUUAAGGUAUUGUAAUGGAACAUAGAAGUGAACCCUUGUAGUUCUAAUACUCAAACUUGUGUACACAGUACUCAAUACUUUAUUAACAAACAUAGUUGGACAUUAACAACAACAUAUGAAGAUUUUUUGACUUAUUAUUUUGUCAUAAUAAUUGAAAUGUGUAUGCUACUCAAAAUAUUUUACUGAGUGUUCAUGAUUCCAAGUAGAAUAAUCAAAGGUUUAAUGUGAGGAAAAAUGGAUUUUGGUUAAGGUAUUGUAAUAGAUAAUAGAAGUGAAACAUUGUAGUUCUAAUACUCAAACCUGUGUAUUAUUUGACAUGAGUAGUUGGAAAUUAACAACAAAUAUCUGAAGAUUAUUUGACUUGUUAUUUUUUCAUAAUAAUUGAACUGUAUAUACUACUCAUAAUAUUUUACUGAGUGCUCAAUCUUUAAUGUUACUAACACAUUUCUUGUGACGAAAAGUGAUAUUUGGUUAAUGUAUUAUACUCAAACUAUUGUACUCAGUAUUCAUUUUUUAUUGGAAUAAGUACUUGGAAAAUAAUACUAAAGGCACAAUUACUAUGUGCACAAGUGAAUGUUGUUUGAAAUUUUCUAAUGUGAUAUUCAUUUGCUUGUGCGUAUUACUCAUACCAGUAUUAAGUAGUACUCAUUAUUGAUGAAGGGAUGAAAGAAAUACUGUGACGAAAGUUCCUCUUACUGAAGUCCCAGUGCUUCGUGCGAAAGCACCAAAAAAACCAAAAAAGGUCACAAAGAAGAACCCCAAAAAAGUUCUAAAAACCUGACUUCAGGAAAUAAGGUGUCUUUGGAGAACACUGUUCAAGAUGAUGUGCCCGAGCAGAAUGAAGAAGAUGUUCACAUGAAUAAUGAUGAGCCCGAAUAUGUUGAAAAGGAGAGGGAGCAAGAUGAAGAAGAGGGAAAUAAAGAUGAAGGCCAGAGUAAUAAUGAUGAACAAGACACAGAAGCUAAUGAGAAAGAGAACAAGGAAGAUAAAGAAACGGAAAAUGAAGAUGUAGUCAAGAGGAAUAAUGAUGAGCAAGAGACAGAAGAUCAUGUGCUGGAGAUCGAGGAAGAUGAGCAAACAAGGAAAGAGAGAGAACUUUUUGAGAAAAAAAGGAAAAGAAAUGAAAAAACGAAAAGGAGAGUUACUAGAAGCAUGUCUAUACAGUCAGAGAAAAACAAGAAAAUGAAAAAGGAAAAAGAAAAAAACGAUGAGGAGGAGGAUGCUCAGAUUAAAGAUGGGUUUCCAAAAAUCCUGACAAGAAUGUCUCCAAAGAGUUUCAUAGAAGUAGUUGAAAAGCUGAGUGAUGAACGGAAAAAAGAAGUAAUUGAGAUGGGAUUUGAGCCGUUAUUAUUACUUCAAGUGAAGCAACUGCCUUCAAGUCUUGGGCACUGGGUUGUAGAUAAGUUUGAUAGCAGGAGCGUGUCUUUGAUGUUACCAAAUAAAGAGAAGGUGCACAUCACGAGAGAAUCAGUGCAUUACACAUUGGGAUUCCCAAGAGGAGCAAUAAACAUACAAGAAAAAAUUGACACACAAGCUGAGUUCACUUAUGAAAUGGUAGCUGAGUGGAGAAAGCAGUUCCCUAAUGAGAGAGGGCAAGUAAAAACAGGCGUAUUGAAGAAAGCUUUAGAGGAGAGCAGAGAAGAAGGAUGGAUGUUUAAGAAGAAUUUUUUGGUUCUCUUAGUCACACUGUUGAUAGAAGGUAACUGAAUUGCUAUGUGAACCAAAGCAUUCUGAAAGCUUUGGAUGAUGAGUCAACGGUUAGAGAUCUAGACUGGUGUGGAUAUACAUUGCACACACUCAUCAAAGCAAAAGACUUUUGGAAUAAGGACAAAACAAGACAUUUCCCUGGAUCUCUACUCUUUCUGAUUAUAUUCUAUGUUGAUAGACUGGUGUUUAAAGGAAGGAGACUACCAAGGAAAGCACCAUCAUUUAUUGGAUGGACUACACAGAAUUUGAAUAAAAGAGAAAAAGAAGAGAUGGAAAGCAGAGGCUUUGGAUAUGGUUACACAGAUGAGGCAAAUAAGGGAACAAUGGAGAUACCAGAAGUGAUGGGAAAUGAUCCAAACAAGGCAACACAAUCUGAAGCUGAAUGUUCACAGCAGCCAACAAAGGACGUGAUGAAGGAAUUCGCCACAUCAGCUAAACAGUUGGCUGAAAGCAUAUCAAUCUAUGAUGAGAAAUUUCAGCAGGCUGCACAGGCUUUUGCCAGAUGAUGAAACAAUGAAGGUCCUGCUUGACAAAGUACAUGGACUGUUCAACACAUACUCCAAAGAACAGCCAACAACUGAAAAAGCAAAAGAAAUAACACCGACACCAGAUGAUGAUUUCUGGACAGAAGAUGUUCUGAGAGCAGUAGAAGCCAUUGAAAUGGCACAAAAGAAGAGAAAUGAGAGGCUAACACUGACACAGUACGAAAAGCCAAGCUUCACCGUACUUUCACAAGAAUGUAAUGAGCAACCUGAACAGUGUAAUGAGCAUGUGGAACUUCAUAAUGAGCGUGAAGAAGUGAAUGUUGAAACAAAAAGCAAAGAUCAAAAAGUUGAUGAUGAAGCCAGAAACAGAUCAACUGAAAAGGGAAAGCAGGUUGCUCUUGAUGAUGAAGGUUGUUGUCAGGAGAAUCAAGUUAAAAAAAGACAAGUAAUCCCUACAGCUCCUCACAAGUCUCCAUAUGUUAGUAGAAUUAUUGAAAUCAAGGGCUCAAUGAUAACUGAAGAGAUAAAAGUGGAUGAAUUUGUGUUUAACAACAACAAUGAUAAAAAAAAGUAUUGGAGGAAAACCAGCUCAGCACUGCAACAACAAGGAUGAAGAGGUUUGUUGAAGCCACUCGGGAACAAUUUACUGGAGCAUUGCCAAAACUGAACAAUAUGGAUUUGUUUUUAUUCCCGGCUGAAAAAAAUGGAAGUUAUUACUUAAUGCACAUCGAUUUGAAGAAUACAAAGUUCAGCAUCAUUGAUAGCUGUGACAGAGAAAUAACAAUAAAAAUGAAGUAUGGUUCCCAACCAAACCACCUCAAGAGUGUUGUACUGAAGUGGCUCAAAGAAGUAAGGCACCCACAUGCAGAGAAAGUGAAAAACAUGCAGCCAGAAGUUGUAAGAAUGGCAUGAAGAAACAAUGUCAAAGAAAAUGAAAGAGUGUACAUGAUGAGGCAUAUGGAAACGUUCCAUGGAGAUACUGAUUGGGAGUGUGGACUCGAAAAUGGAAAUGAAUAGCCAAUACAGAUUCUGAGGAUCAAGUAUGUGCAUAAAAUAUUGACAUUUCAGAACAAUGAAGUCAGGGUGGAAGCGAUGGAAAUAGUGAAUCAAAAGAAUGUGAUGUAGGACGAAAACACCUACUAUAAUUUGGUUGUUGG